UGCGCAUCCGCAAAAAUUUUUUUCAAUUGAAUGCACCAUUGCAUUGGUUGUGUCUGAUACGUGAUUAUACAUUUUUUGCCCUCUCACUGAAAGAGUUAUUUCGGAAAAUUUCUUUUGGAAUUAAUAUUUUUGCAUGGAUAAAUAAAGACCUAUGAUCAUAAUUGAGGCCACAAAUCGAGGUCAGGAGUGCUGCAUUCAAGCAGAGACCUCCUACUGCGCUUCCCACAACAAAAUAAGGAAAAAUUACAAGAAAUAUUUGUUAAGUCUCGGUUUUUACAUUUUCACGUGGAUAAUUUCCUUCUCGUUAUUUAGAUUUCCUUCCUCUCGAUCUUUCCCAUCUAUCCUUUCUUUCGUUCUAUGAUCUUCUUCUACCUUACGUUUGACACCAUUUAUCUAUCUCUCUUGUACUCAUUCUCUAUGCGUUCUCUCUCUUUGUUUCACGACACUUCAAGUCCUUCUCUGUCCCUCUUAAUCUUUCGUGCUCUGUCGAAUCGAACUAGCCCCCUUCCUGCGAAUUUACGUGGAUAUUUCUACUUGUGAACGGUUCCCAACCUUCAGGAUGCAAGCCAUUAAGUGCGUUGUUGUAGGCGACGGAGCCGUAGGUAAAACAUGCCUUCUCAUAAGCUACACUACCAAUGCCUUCCCCGGGGAAUAUAUUCCAACUGUGUUUGACAAUUAUUCUGCGAACGUUAUGGUGGAUGGCAAACCGAUCAAUCUUGGUUUAUGGGAUACGGCAGGCCAAGAAGAUUACGACAGACUGAGACCAUUAUCGUACCCUCAAACAGAUGUCUUUUUGAUUUGUUUUUCUUUGGUCAACCCUGCCAGUUUUGAAAAUGUUCGUGCUAAGUGGUAUCCAGAGGUGCGUCAUCAUUGUCCAGCUACUCCGAUCAUUUUAGUAGGGACUAAAUUAGAUUUGCGCGAAGACAAGGAAACCAUCGAACGAUUAAAAGACAAGAAAUUGGCACCAAUUACAUAUCCUCAGGGUUUAACAAUGGCAAAAGAAAUCGGAGCAGUGAAGUAUUUAGAAUGUUCGGCUUUGACUCAAAAAGGAUUAAAAACAGUAUUCGACGAAGCAAUCCGUGCAGUACUGUGCCCGGUUCUCCAAGUGAAACCAAAACGCAAAUGUUUCCUCCUAUAAUAUUAAAUGUCCGAUAACGGCGGAGCACGUGUAAAUGUACUACUCCUCCUCCGAUCGGACUCGACUGCAGCAGGACAUCUAACUCUGAUAAAGGAAAAAAUGCUGUAUGGUCCAUCUCUCUACAAGCAUCUGCCAUAAAAGCGCACAAAUAAAUUUGUAUAAUGCGUAUAAAAAGGUAAAGGAGAAGAAAAUAUACGCAAUUUAAGUGUUUUGGACAUAGCUAAAUGUUCUGAACGGAGCAAGAAAGCCAAAUGAAAAACUGAACUGAUAAUGUACAGUAUAGUAGAGUGUGUUAUUAAUAUUAGUUAUUACAUAUGAAUCAUAAGGAAACAAAACAUUAUUAUGUAUGUGCGUUUGUGUGCACACUGGAUACUAAUCAAUUUAAUCGAAGAGGUAAACCAUUUUAUGCAAUUUUGCAUUGUAUAUUUUAGAUAAAAAAAAGUGUUUAUCCAUUUUUAAAAGCUUUAGUAUAGGGAAAAAAUUAAUAUAGCGUAAAUAUUAACGUAUAAAGUAUUAAAAAUAUUGCAGUUGCGUAAACAGUAAUUUUGUUUAUUUCUUACUUGUUGUGUAUGUUACUUUUUCCAUAAGAAGCAUUUUUUCUCUGAUAAGUUGAGAUCUUCUCCAACCGAUUGAAUUCCAUUCGGAGCGAGUUAACGAUGCAUUAAUCUAUAUAUGUUCGAUAGUAAAUAUACAGUUGCAAAUCACAUAAAAUGACUUCCACCUUUAACUAAAUUGGUUGAUAUUACUAUAUACAUACCAUGGUAUAAGAUAGAUAGUCAUCUAAGUUUUAGAGGUGAGCAAUAUAAGUGCGAUUCUAAUUCUCUGCCUCUCUGCUGCGUUUUCAUGUUGCUGUAAUUGACAGGCGCGACAUGGCUAAAGAAAUAACAAUACAAAAGUUUAAUAUCAGAGGUGGGGAAAUUUAGUAUGUGUGAGAGCGUAUGUUUGAAAGAGUGCGCGUAAAAGCCAAGAGAGAAAGACGGAAGAAGGAAUUAUUCUAUAGCAAGUAAUUGUACAUAAAUGGUAAAAGUUCAAACUGUAUUCCUAUUACUAUCAUUUUACAUGUAUAAGCUGCUGAAUCUAAAUCGAACGUUACUUGUUUUUUAUAUAUAUAUUAUAAAUAUAUAUAAAGUGGGGCUGGACCGAGAUCUAUUUCAAUCGUCGCAGAUCCACUGACCUGUGCAAUCUAUCCGGGGAACGGGAAUUCAGUCCAUGAAAAAUAUCAUAAAUAAUGUAACUAAAUAUGCUUUAUUAAAUGGGUGUUUAUUAAAAUGUUCUAGUUAUUCAUUACGCCGUUGUGUCAAAAAACGUAUCGAUCAUUCUGGAUAUUUGUUCAGGAGUAUAUUUUAUAUAUUUCGUUGGGUUCUUGGAAAAUGAUAUUCCACGAUAUUUAUUAUGGAAAACUGUAUAAAGGGGGAUUAUAUCUUGCUGAAGUUCUUUCCGUAACUCUUCUCGUAACCGAGCAUCAGGUACAGAAUAAGACCGUUGACACUUUGCGACUUCCUCUAAUUCUCUAGUAAAUCCUAAGAAUUUUUCUUUCAACGUUUUUGCUCCUGGUUCUGUGAAUAUAAUGGUAACAUUUAUAAAUUUCUUUUUGUAUUCGUUUCUAUCUUACCUAUUAUAUAAUUCACGCAUAUUAUAUAUAUAUAUAUAAAUUACCGUAAUUAUGUUACACGACUUGUAUAUUUCACAAAAUUUUAAAUAUUUCCAUAUUAUUAUUAAUUACAACAAAUUUUAAUGAAUUGUCACGGACACGCAAUUUUAUAUGUAUAAUAAACAAAAAUAAAAACUA